CCAUACGCGUUCGCGACAGAACGUAGUCUGCACCUCUCAGAUCCAGUAUUAGAUAUAACGAUAGGCGCUAAAGACGAUCUAUUCGGACCGAAAAUCGAUAAUCCUUUUACGGUGACGCAGUUGAUCCAUGCGCAGGAUCGAUUCUUUGAUCUAUCGGCGAGGGUGAAGGGGGUGGAAGUGAAAAGUGCACCAAAUUCCGCGAGGGUUAAAGUGAGUGGUGAUGCCUUCGAGGUUAUUCGGGAUGUAGACGCUCCAAGCUCUUUACCCCCGGUGCCAACAAAACGAAAAAGAGAAAAAUCUUUCGCUAUCAUCGCUGAGCCUCCCAGCUCCAGGCCGAGCAGCCCUCGAUCCUUACCUGUUGAAAUAAAACCUGAGAGAGUAUCGCCUUUUAAAGGUCGAGGCUUUCGAGAAGAAACAUCACGACACAAUACACCAAAAACAUCAGCAGCGAACUCUAGAGCUUGCUCACCUUCAAGAAGAAGAACCAAGUCCUUAACAAGAGUGGAAAAAAUGGCACAAACAGUAACAAUGUUACCGCAACCCUUGCCAAGUAGGCCCCAUUCUCCACGAAAUUUUCUGAAAGAAAACAUGGCGGAAAUUAAAGAAAUUAGUGAAAUAAAUAGAGAAAAACAUGAAGCUGAAGCAGAGCAAAAAAGAAAAGAGGAAGAAACAGCUCUGUUAAAAGAAAUGGGGCUUUUAGACAAAAAAGGCGAAGUCAAAAGCAGCCUUAAUUCUAGAACUAAUUCAAGGAGUACUUCACCCAAUAAAAUUAAUCUACGAUCAAGAUCGAAUUCGCCCUCAGCUAUAUUACACUUUGAAAAAGUUCCAACAGGGAGUACGGAAUUUAUAUCUACAGACGGCUCAAAAGCAGUUCAUAGAUCCAGAGUUAGGUCUGUUACAAGGUCACAACCUGAAUCUAAGAUUACAUCUCCCAAGAAUUCUAAAAUUCCUACGCGCCAAAACUCGGCCUCACCAACAAGAAACAAUGCGAAAAAAUAUGUACCGAACAACCUUAAUAGAAAUCAAAAAUACAUGUCAAAUAGUACAAGCAGUAUACACGAAACUAUAAGGAUUGGUAGUCAAAUACAUGACAAAAGGGCUGUUCAAAGUACACAAAAUCUGAAUCUUCCGCAAAACAUAAUUAAAGUAGAACUCCAUCAAAAAUUUCUUCGCUGCAGAAGAAGCAAACUAAAGCCACUGGGCCUUCAUCCGUAUCAAGGCAAAAUACUAAAAUGACAAGCCAAGACUCAAAUUCUGAUAAACGUUUUGCAAGCAAAUCUGUAAGUAAGCCGUCUACAGCCAAUCCAAUCAAUAAAACCAUAAGCAAUAAAACAACCAUAAAACCACCUGUGCCAACGAAAGCAGAACCUAAAAAGCCUGUUAGUCGAACAAAUAGUGUUAAAAAUUUGUCCAGAGCUUCCAGUACAAAAAAUCUUCAUGAAAAACCACCAUUAAAAAAAACUGCUAGUAAAAAAGAUCUUACAGAAAAACCUAAAUCGGCAAAAAAAAUAGGUGGAAGUAUUACUGAAACAGGCAAAAAAGUAGAACACAGCAAAAAAAAUGAUAAAGAAAAACAAAAUAGUAAUGUGACAAAGGCGGAUGAAGUAACAAAGCAAGACAACGAAACCCAAUACGAUAAAGCCAAGAACGAAAACGAGGAACUUGUUAUUCUCACAAAAAAAAACGUAGUUUCUAUGACAACUGCAGCUAUUACCUCUCAGCCAUUAGAAGUUGUUACAACGGUAACAAAUCAACUUCCUGCGGCCUUAGAAAAGGCUCGGGAAAAACGUAUCUUGGAUCGACUAAGUUCUAAAGACUCAUUAAAUGAAAAAGAAGAAGAAAAGGAAUCAAGUGGCUCUAAAGAAGACGUUGAACCACCUAAAUUGGAAAAAAUUGAAAAGGAAGAAAAACGACCACCCCGACAAAAAAAUUCUGACAAAACUUUAUUUGCCGAAGAUAACAUCAAAUUGAAAUUAUUACAACCUCCAUAUAAUAACCCUCAACUCGAACGUGUUAAGCAGAAAAUUGAGGAAAUAUUAAAAGAACCCGAAAUUUCAGCUGAAAACAUUUUAUCAACGGGCAAAAUAAAAGAAACAAAAGAUGACUUCAAAAAAGCAGCAGAGAAAGCAAAGAGUGACAUAAAGGAAACUAAAGAUAAUGCAGCUAACAAAUUAACAGAUCUAAAAGAUCAAAUACUGAUACAAAGCGAGGAAAUUACUGCAAACAUGCGUUCCGAAGCAACGGAAAUUGUUGAUAGUAUUAUUACACCUGUCGAAGAACCGCUAAAAAUAGAACAACCCAAGGUUAAAGAGGUUGAACCUACGGUAAAAGUAGUUAACGAGAAAAGGACAGAAAUUAAAAGUGACGUAGAAAAGGUUACAGAAAAUUUGGUUAAAGGAGAAGGAGAAGUAGAAGUUCAGAGCUCUAAUUUAUCGUCAGGCGAUAAAAUAAAAAUUGAAAUUAAAAAUGCUGAUGGAGGUUCAGACAAAUCUGCUCACAGUAACGGAUUCCCUCAAAGCACCAGCACUACACCCAAACCACCAGCUAGAGCGCAUAGGCAACAAAAAGAAGAUAAGCAAGAAAACGAACCUGAAACACAAAUAGAAACAAAGCCAAACAUCUGCAGCCGCCUCAUGGGCAAGUGUAAAAGUGCGUGUUGUCCUUGUUGUCUUAAGGCAGUUGAGGAAGGCAACAAUGAAAUAGAAGAAGAGGGUCAGAAGAAGUUCUGGAAGUCGAUGAACUGUUUAAAAAAGAAAUUGCCCGAUGAGGAAGUCGAACGAGCUGCAGGAAAGGCAGCGACCAUAGAAUUCGAAUCCGAAACAAAACGAAAACGCAAACUUCGCGAUGUUUUAUGCGCGUGCUGCAGGCGACGAAAAGUCAGUGACGUUUCCGACUCAGUUCGGCAGUUCGAGGUGUCGUCACCUGUCGCUUCGACAGAAGUUGUCACCGAGACCGGAUGCUGUGGAAAGAAGAGAGAGAUUGAGAGAAGAGAUAGUAUUUUAAGCGACCAGGCGCCGACUACAUGCUGUAACAACAGGCUAUGUCGGUGGCUACGGGGUGCUUGUCGUCGGCAGACAGAACCAACAUCCAGCAGGAGAACCAGUCUCUUCUCGAAGAAUAAGAGUUUGUCUCCCACUCUACCCCCUGAGGACACACGCACCAAGUUGGAUGCGUCUCUAGUGGAACAUACGAGUGUGAUGCGAGGAGCUAUACCAGUUCUGCCUGCCGCCCUUGCCUACUUUUGUCUUGUAUGCAACGUUCUAGUCCCAGGCCUUGGGACAUUAUUCAGUGGUAUGUUUUGCCUUUGUUUUGGAAUACCCCGUUUCGGUGUUCACGACGGAGCUAAACAUAGAAUCGGUUCGUUCGUGAUAAACCUAUUGGUGUCGUGCGGUCAGCUGUUCACAGUACUAUUCUGUCUUGUUGGAUGGGGCUGGUCUAUUUGGUGGGGAGUUAUCAUGGUCAAGAUAUCACGAAAAUAUCGUAAGCUAAAGGCAGAAGAGGCUGCGGCGGAAGCGGAUGCUGCGCCUCCUGUCACCGCCAAUAAUCAUACGAGAGCUUAAGUAAUAAAAAUAAUUGUAUUCACAAUAUAGGUUUUAAUGUUGACUCGAAUCAAUUAACAUUUUUAUACUUAAUAAUAUCAACAUAUAAACGUCGUCCACGCAGGAAGAGUAGGAUAUACCUCCAUAUAUUUAUUAAAUCUGAAUCACUCUAACUGCACUCUCACUUUAGCUAUAGUACUCGGUCGUCCCUUUCAGUAUGAUAGCGUUUACGCUAUGAUUAAAAGAGACGGAUAAGUACUUCAGGAUAGAGAGUUUAAUUAUAAGAUUUAGUAGUUACUAAUAAUGUUGUGGUCCGAUUUAAUCACUUCAUGAUGUAGCCAAACGUUUUAUGCUGAUUUAUUGAUUUGAACAUAUUAUAAAUAGACAAUAAGAAGCAUGGCUACAUCAUAACUAUGUGUGAUAUGCUCAAACAUCUAACACGGAUUCACAAAAAGUUUACCUUGUAGAUGAAUAUAAUUUCACUUUCCAUCUUGCAACGACUUAAAUAACCUCACUCAAUACCUGCGUAGCUGCGAGCUUAUUGCGCAAUAUAUUUCUUCAGAUAUUGGAGUAUGGUCAAUUGUAUUUUAAUGGCCUAAGGGAAGUAUUUCUAACGUGGUUAGUGUACCAUUCCCAGCUUCGUUUCGAUAGCGUUCUGAACAAUAGUACGAAAAGCAAAGAGAUUAGCACUUCUACUUCCAUCAUCUAUAAAACGACAUAAUACUCUCAACUAGCGAGAUAGAGACACAGAUAUCGAUAAUUGUCUCUUAAUAAUUCUAAAGAGCGUCUCAUUUUUACUCCAAAUAUAAUAGUAGUUAAUUACGAAGUGUGCGUAAUAAAUGAUGCCCAAAUUUAAACAGAUUUUGUAUUUCUUGUAAGUAGUAAAAUAAAAUAACGAAUCACAUCGAAUUAGAAUUAAUACUGUAGUUGAGGGAAAAAAUAAUUUUGGCUUUGCUGGUGUUACCAGCUUUUUAAAGGGGUUGCUAUGUUUAAAAGCCCAAAACUACCUCUUGUUUCAGAACUUUAGAAAUACGAUUAAUGUAAAUUUAUUGUAGUAUAGACGUAUGUAGUUCAUACAUUUUUUAAUAUUGGACCGAACAGAAAUUUCAGUAGUGGGUUCGUUGAAAGUGAAAGAAAGGUUUUGACGUAUUUAAAGGUAUUUAAACCAAUUUAUUAUUCAAAAUCUUCACUAGUUAAGAGUGAGAAAACCUUUUUUAAAUCUGCUGGUCAGAGUCUUAAUAUUUUUAUGCUUCCACACGGUUUUCCAAAUAAGGAGAAAGUAGGAUUAACAUAAUAUUUAAUUAUAUUUAUUAAAAUAUAUAUUUGUGCAAAAUGGUAUUAAGAAUAAAUUGUUGUUUGUAUCCGGGCUGCUUUGAAUUUUAGGUAAGAAAUGAAGGUUAUGAUCAUAUCUUUUCAAAUUUGAAUUGCCGAUAUUAAGCCCAUCCCAGGAUGUUAACUAACCGAUUUAUAAUUAUAGGCUAAAUAUCGCAGCUGAUCGUAUAAUAUAUGAGAAAUAUAAUAGCUAAAAAAUAAUAAAAUUUUAUAAAAUAAUGCUUUAUACUAAAUGUACCUAUGUAUAAUUGAAUAUCCAUAGAUACAAUUUUGUGUAAGUUUUUAUCAACACUUUCAAAUGAGAGAUGGAUAUAGCAGACUCGGUGACUUGAUGAUUUUCAUAAAUUAAAAUAGAUAAUUCUUAAAAAUAAUUAUUACAACAGUAGUAAAAGCGUUCAAGUAUUACGCAACGCAAUUUUUUGAUAUUUUUGACUCUCCCCAUGUAUCGCGCGUAACGUUUUAACGUAACUGGACCAAGUAAAAAGUUACGUGUGAAAUACCGGAACGUCGCUAAAAUACCUUUGUUAUUGUUUUAAUCGCGUUAAUUAAUACAAUAUAAUAACGCGUAAUUCAAUUCCCCGCCUCGUAACGUUUAACAACUACCCAAAUUAGUUAUGUCAUACUUGAACGCUACGUAAUGAAAAAAAUAAGAAUGUGAAAAUUUUCAUACUGUUAUUUAUAUUAUAUUAUAUGUGAGAUUUGGCCCCAAAUAUUGUAAAUAUUAAUUAGAAAAUAUAUCGUAUCUACACUAAAAUUGAAUGAUAAAAAAUUUCUUCAUUAUAAUAAUGUUUAGAUGUAGAAAGAUUAGCGCAACUUGUAAUUUUAUAAAAGACCAAUAAUAAAAUUUAUUAUAAAAAGCAAUUUUAUACCAAUAGUAGUGUUCGUUUUAGUAUUGUAAUAUUAAACGUUAUGCUUCCAUACGCCCUAGAAAAAUAAUAUUGUUUUCUUUAUAACUAAUAAUAAAUUAAGCCAGAGCUUGGGCACUCCGUGGGAGUAAUUGGUGUUAAAGCAGUAAAAAAAUCGAAUUCCUAUAAUAGAUAAAACAAAUUGUUAGAAAAUCCGAUACGUUGCCAAAACAGACGAAUAUUUGACGAAACGAUCGAAACAUACGUGCUAUGGCUAUUGUAGACGUGUAAUCAAUUUGAAUGAAAGAUGUUGUUAUUUAUUUUUGUUUAACUUAAAAUACCUAACAGACCUAAACUGAAUUAAU